AAUUUCAUCCCAAAUUUACGUAAGUUGUGAGCCUGAGCGGACUGUUAAAUUUAGCACCCCAUUUCACUGAAUAAAACUGCUCAAAAUGUGUAAAUUAAAUGUGUUUCAUUUACUAUUUGCGGCGGUAUUGCUGCACGUAGCGGCAGCGUUGAAAGAAGGCGAAUGUGAAGUCUGCGUGAAGACAUUGGAUAAAUUUGCGGCCACGUUAUCCGACAAUGUGAAAAAGGACCACAAGUUGAUCGAGUCUGAAUUCAAGAAGUUUUGCAAAGGUACGAAGAACAAAGAGAACAGAUUUUGUUACUACUUGGGUGGUUUGGAGGAAUCAGCAACCGGCAUUCUGGGGGAGAUGUCCAAACCGCUGAGCUGGUCCAUGCCAUCGGACAAAAUAUGUGAAAAACUACGAAAAAAGGACGCGCAAAUUUGCGAUUUGAGGUUCGACAAACAGAUUGACCUGAAUAACGUUGAUUUGAAAAAACUAAAAGUACGUGACCUGAAGAAGAUCCUCAACGACUGGGACGAAGUUUGCGAUGGUUGCAUCGAGAAGACAGACUUCAUCAACAGAAUAGAAGAGCUAAAACCUAAAUACAUGGGCAGUAGCAGAUCUGACUUGUAGAAAUGUUGUUUACAAUAGAUAAUUUCACAUAAGAACUUUACCAUGUGAUAGACCAUAGGCCGGUUAAGUGUGCUGUGCAACCGGACAAUUAAUUUAUUGCAUUUCAAGUGGAUGGAGUGAGUCAAGUGAAUGUAUGUGUAAUAAAUUAUUGUAACUUAAG